AUGGCUUUAUCAUCGGUCAAAAUACCUAAAUAUUUAGUUAACUAUUAUGGAUGGUCAUGGUUAGUUGAGCAUAGUUUUAAGAAGAGUACGCACGGUGAUCUUAUGAAAACAAAUGAUAUUAUGAGAAAUUUGAUUGUUCAUGGUAAACAAAUAUUUGGAUAUGUUGAUCGAGGCGUUUCAACGAAAAAUUCAACUGAACAAAAAAUGAAGGAGGCAGUUGAUGGUUAG